AUGAAAGCUACUCGACGCAAAAAUAUUGACAAGGGGGGACAACAACCCAAAAAAAAGCCUAACAAGAAGAUGAAAAUAUCAGUAGUACGAAGAAAAAGAAGUAGUGAGGAGGAGGAAGGGGAUUAUGCAAAUAUUGACUACUUUAAUAAGCUAUCUGAUGAUGUUAUAUCCUCUCUUUUUCUGAGAUGCACCCUCAAGUCAUUAUCCAUGUUAAGGUGUACAUCCAAGUUGUGGAAUAACUUUAUUACUGCUCCUUCCUUCCUUCAUUCUCACCUCACACAAUCAACACAAAAUGGCCCUAAACUUCUUUUUUUGGAAAGAAUAUGUCUUUACCGGUCAGAAUCGUCCAGGUUACGGUUUGUUUCAAUUGACAUGGAUGGAAACAGGGAGGAGUUAUACACUGUCACUUCCCGUGAUUACCAACUUGCAUGUGCCACAAUGCAAGUACGCUUUGGGUUGGUUUGCCUUUCAACAGAUUGUCGUCUUUAUUUGUGCAAUCCUGCCCUGCAACAAUUGUGUGAAUUGCCGGAAUAUUCACUUUCUGCUACCCCUGGUUACUGCCAUUUUGGGUUUGGAUAUCUUCACUCAAGGAAGGAAUACAAAGUGGUGCAUUUUUUCUAUAGUUUUCCUUCAAUGACUGAAAGGUGGUGUCAUCGUGGCAAGCUUCGGGUUUCACAUCUAAAAUGUGAGGUUCUUACCAUAAAUAAGGUCGGUGGCAUUUCUUUUAAUAGAUGGAAAGAAAUUGCAGACCGGUCUCCUUGUCAUCCGAGAUCUGAAGGACAGUUAGUAAAUGAAUGUAUGUAUUGGUGGACUUAUUGUGUUCCUCGUGCCCGUGUUAAUCAAAUUCUUUCAUUUGAUUUUGAAAAUGAAAAAUUCCUUACUAUAUCUCCUCCAUCACCUUUUGAAGGUGAUUUGGGCUUGUUUGUGAUGGAUUUGAAAGGGAUGGUUUGCUUGCCAGACUCUGCCUGCUUCCGCAGGAGUUCAAUUUUAGACCUGUGGAUACUCAAGGAUAAAAUAAAUUGCACUUGGGUAAAGGAGUAUAGCAUCCGUUUGAUCGACUUUGGGUUUAAGAAGAUUACGUAUGUCUUCAUGACAUGCAAUGAAGAAAUAAUAUUCCAACAUUUGGGUAAAGUGGUCUUCUAUGACCUAAAAAGAAAAUCCUUCAGAGAAGUGGAAGCACUUUCACAUCCGCUCCUUCAAUAUGGAGUUUACUCGAAAAGCUUGUUUUCUUUAGGAACCAUAUAGGUCCUUCCUAAAGUUCUCCACGGAAGACACUGCCACCAUCCAAUCAAAACCU